AUGAACGUUAUCCCGGCACUAGCGAAGGAGGUUGUCAGACGGUUAAUGAAGCGCACCGAUGAGGCCGCUGCGCAGAGGGUCACGGAGGAUCUUGCAGCCUUUGUGGUGCGGCUCUCACUCUUUGAUUCGCCACACAUUGAUGAGAAGGGCAACGUUGCGGAGACACCGGAAGGGAUUGAGGCGAUGGCAGAAGAAAUUUCAAAGUAUUUUGUCAAGUGCUCGCCGCAUGUGUUGGCGACUCUGUCUCUGCAGUGCCAAACGGCCGGGCUACGCGGUAGCUUCACGAAUAAACGCCGCAAUGAACAAGUGAAGCAGGAGGCAAUCACAUUACGUCUGCUGGGCUCACUCUGUGAGAACUCAACAAGUCAGCCGGAGGAAAUGCUUAGCGAGAUUGCCUUUUUUAUCCUUCAUCGCCACCGCCAGCUGAAUGCUGCCCAAGGGAACGCGGAGUCGCGGAAGGAAACUGUGGCAGUUCUUAACGCAGUCCUGCCGCGGUCACAAGUGCGUUCUUUUGCAAACCAACCGGCGGAGGAAAAGAGGCGGCAGUUGGAGGAACUGCACCGCAUCGUAUGGGGGAUCCGUCUGUACAACAAGGCGGAGGGACGAACCGCGGGUGCCGGCCUCCUGUCGCUUCAUGAAACCGCAGAACAUCUAAUGACUCAGUUGGAUAGCUGCAUUUCGCAAGAAAUCCAUGCCGCCGCAGCUGUUUGCUCGGAUUAUGUGAAGUUUUUCCACUCCCCAUCGUCACCUCUUGGCAGCCCGGAGAAACAGGCGUUUCGUGAGGAGUACCAUCGUCAACUGCAGUUUCUUCUGAACCUGCGCACAGCGAAAGAGCGGCUGGAUCUGCUCUCGGCUCGAAUCCGCACAAACUUACUCCCCGCGUAUGAAAAAACGCUUGUGGAAGUGAAGGCGGCGCUUGGGGUGGGGGCGAUGCGUUCCGACGGCGUCACACUGCGAAGUAGUGUGCCGAAGCGCGUAGCCUAUCCAAAAUUUAUUGCCCUUGCAGAGGCAUACGAGGAUGUGGAGCAGAGUUUUGAGGGAUUUGAGGAAAUACAGGCCCUCGUGGAUGUUUCCAUUUCUAUUGGAAAAAUAUCAAAGACGUCGUUGCCGCCAACGCUCCUGGAAGAAGCCCUGGCGAAAUCGAAGAGUGAAAAGGCUGCCGAUUGUGCUGCCAUUGCAGCUUACGUUGCCACACGUACCGAAUCAUGCCCUUUAUUUUAUGCAAAGGAUGCUAGCGAGCUGAAGCAACACGCGUCUUUGCGUGCGAUGAACGGAUUAUGUCCUGUGAGUUUCGUUGAAGACGGCAUUUGCGUGGAGGGGCGAACGAGCGAGGAGGACAGUGCGUGCGCUGGCUUUGUUGUUCGUCCGGCACCGGCGGGCAGCCUGGGCGAAUGGUACGCCUUUUGCUCCGAAUACGCAUUGCGGCGUUUUGUAGCGUUACCGUUUUGGUUCAUUGAGGCUGUGAAACGGAUGGUACGGGAGGAUUUUGUGCUUAUCAGCCUGCUCGACUUUCUCGAUCGUCUUCCGCACGAGUUGUAUAUCAAAGGGACACGCAAGUACGAGGCACGCGAGGGUCUUGUCGCAGCGGAGGCGCGCCAAGACGUCUGCACACAAACAGGGCAGAUUGACCCUUACAUGGACCACAAUUACCGCUGGAACGAGUGGGACCUGCGGCGCCAGGCACUGAAGCUUGUGAAUCUCUUUGACAUGCGUACACACUCGACCCAAACGAUUGCGUCUCAUUUUCGCCGUGAUAACACGACGCAAAUCCGGCCUCCUCGGGAUGACGAGACGCAGACCAUGCAGGACGCUGCAGUGCAGCCACCACGCACGGUGCAGUACCUUAAAGGGCUGCGGGGUACCAAAACUUCCGCGAUAGAAACCGUCCAGCGAACCUUUCUGUACUAA